UCCGGCCGCCGCGCCAUGUCGCAGAAGGCGAAGGCGCGGAGCCGCCCGAAGAGCCUGGGCGAGCGGGAGCGGGAGCGGGGCUGGGGCCGCGCCGGGGCCGGGGCCGGGCGGGCCUGGCGGUCGGACGAGGCCCCGAGCACGUCGGCGUCGGCGUUGUCGCAGUCGCAGUCGCUGUCCCCGUCGCAGUCGCAGUCGCAGUCGCAGUCGCAGGGCUCCCGGCGAUCCGACCCCGGCCCCGGCCCGUCCGUGGGCCGGCGCAGCCCCGCGCAGCUGGAGCUGAAGGUGGCCGAGCUGGUGCAGUUCCUGCUGGUGAAGGACCAGCGCAAGCUGCCCGUGCGGCGCGCCGACAUGCUGCGCCACGUGGCGGGCGACUACCGCGACGUGUUCGCCGAGCUGCUGCGCCGCGCGGCCGAGCGGCUGCUCGACGUGUUCGGCUACCGGCUGGUGGAGCUGGAGCCGCGCAGCCACACCUACGUGCUGGUCAACGCGCUGGAGCCCGUGGAGGCGGACGCCGAGGUGCGCGGCGACCAGGGCACGCCCACCACGGGGCUGCUCAUGAUCGUGCUGGGCCUCAUCUUCAUGAAGGGCAACGCCGUCAAGGAGACGGAGGUCUGGGACUUCCUGCGCCGCCUGGGCGUGCACCCCGCCCGCCGGCACCUGGUCUUCGGCGACCCCAAGAAGCUCAUCACCGAGGACUUCGUGCGCCAGCGCUACCUGGACUACCGGCGCAUCCCGCACACCGACCCCGUGGACUACGAGCUGCAGUGGGGCCCGCGCACGCGCCUCGAGACGAGCAAGAUGAAGGUGCUGCAGUUCGUGGCCAAGGUGCACAACCAGGACCCCAAGGACUGGCCGGCGCAGUACUGCGAGGCCCUGGCGGACGAGCAGGCGCGCGCCCGGCCCCCGGCCGGCAGCCCGGCGCCCUCCUCCGCCGCCGCCUCCACCUCCUCCGCUUCCUCCGCCUCCCCGGCCUCCUUCUCCGCCUUCUUGGCCAACGCCCAGAGCUAG